GGGGUUUGGCAGGAGGCAGAGCAGAAGACGGGAUAAAAGGAAGAUGAGACAAACCGGCUCCCCGCCCCAUCACCAGCCUGUUGGGACAAGGGCAGCGCAAGGCGGCCGGAGAAGAGGCGAGAGAGGCACAGCUGGCCAGCGCCCCGCGGGAGAGCAGCGCCGGCAUGAGCGAGCUGUACAGCAAGGCGGAGACCCUGGAGCUGAGGCGAAAGCACAUCGGACCUUCAUGCAAAGUUUUCUUUGCAAAAGACCCUAUCAAGAUAGUGCGUGCUCAGGGGCAGUAUAUGUAUGAUGAGAACGGAGAAAAAUACCUGGAUUGCAUCAACAAUGUCGCACAUGUUGGCCACAGCCAUCCAGAUGUGAUAAAGGCUGCAGUGAAACAAAUGGAACUGCUCAACACCAAUUCCCGAUUCCUGCAUGACAACCUUGUCCAGUAUGCUAAGCGCCUCACAACUACCCUGCCAGAGAAACUCUCCAUUUGCUAUUUUGUUAACUCUGGAUCUGAAGCCAAUGACCUCGCCUUACGACUGGCUCGGCAGUAUCGCGGACACCAAGAUGUGAUCACCCUUGACCAUGCUUACCAUGGUCAUGUUUCUUCUCUGAUUGACAUUAGUCCAUAUAAAUUUAAUCAGCUGGGGAAGGAGGGCAAAAAAGAGUUUGUGCAUGUGGCUCAUUCUCCAGAUAUCUACAGAGGAAAAUACAGGGAAGAUCAUCCAGAUCCAGCAAACGCUUAUGCAGAUGAUGUGAAAAAGAUUAUUGAAGAAGCUGAGAAGAGUGGGCGCAAGAUUGCGGCCUUUAUUGCUGAAUCCAUGCAGAGUUGCGGAGGCCAAAUAAUUCCACCUGCAGGCUACUUCCAGAAAGUGGCAGAAUAUGUGCAUAAGGCAGGUGGCGUAUUCAUAGCUGAUGAAGUCCAGGUUGGUUUUGGUCGAGUUGGGAAACAUUUUUGGGGUUUCCAGUUGCAAGGCAAAGACUUCGUACCCGAUAUUGUCACCAUGGGAAAGCCAAUUGGCAAUGGCCAUCCAAUGUCUUGUGUGGUUACAACAAGAGAGAUUGCUGAAGCCUUCGGUGCCUCUGGAUUGGAGUAUUUCAACACGUUUGGAGGCAAUCCAGUGUCCUGUGCUAUUGGCCUGGCUGUGCUCGAUGUAAUUGAAAAAGAUGAUCUCCAAGGAAAUGCCAUACGAGUAGGGAAUUAUUUAACAGAGCUGCUGAACAAACAAAAGGAAAAACAUCCUUUAAUAGGAGAUGUCAGGGGUAUUGGCUUGUUUGUUGGAGUAGAUCUGGUGAAGGACCAACUGACGAGAACACCUGCCACAGCCGAAGCCCAGCAUAUUAUCUACAAACUGAAAGAACAGCGGAUCCUCCUGAGUGCGGAUGGACCCCAUAGAAACAUUCUGAAAUUUAAACCACCCAUGUGCUUCACUAUGGAAGACGCAAAGCUUGUAGUGGACCAGAUUGAUGAACUCCUCACAGCUUUGGAAGAAGCAACUGGAGCCAGGACAGGAAAUGGAAGAUCUACAACUGCACAACAUAAAAAAAAAAUGAUUAAUGAAGGGAAUUCCCAGUCAGACUGUAUCGGUGAAAGCAUCAACCAUAUCAACGGUACUGCCUGCAGACAAAAAAAUGGCUUGUACACUGAUAACCGUACAGUGCCUUGUAAAAGGAUCAGAACAUGAAAGGAGACGUUUUCUUUAGAUCAGUGUAUUUAAAAAAAACAAAAAAAGGAUGAGUGGAUGUGUGCAAGUGUCAUACUGAUUAUUCAGGGUCCAAUCCUGCCUUCUUACGUGAACAAGACUCCAUGUAGCUUUACUGGUAGUUUAAAAUACAUUUUCACCCACAUAAGGACUGCAGGGUCAGCCCUUGAACUUAACCAGAUAGGGGUGUGCUAAAUAAAGUUCUGAUUUUUUAACCCUCUUGGGUCAUGAUAUUUAGGUCUGGUAUAAGUGGAUGCAUCUCCACUGAAAUUCAUGGAGUUGCUCCUGCUUACGUAAGGUCAGAAUUUGGGCCAUUGUGCUUAAUAACCAUGGAACCACAGGACCAAUCCUAUUAAAUCCUUGUUUGCAAAGCAUUACACCUUUUAAUGUAUUUGAAAUUUCAGUAUGCAGUAUUGAGAUGUUAAUUACUUUCCAUGUUUUAAUGGCUCAAUUUACAACACAAAGCUUGAGAGACAAUUCACACUGGGAAAAGAUUUAGGGCCUAUGGACCAGGUCCUCAGCUGAUAUAAAUUGGUAUUACUGUAGUGAAGAAAAUAGAGCUCUGCCAAGUUUAUACCCACUAAGGAUUAGGGUUGGUGUGUACAAUUAUAUGAACACAACAUGUAUGUAAGAUUCCCACUUAAUAUUUAGAGAUUAAAAGAGUUUGGAUCAUAGUUUUUUGCAUAGCAAGUGACUAUAAUUUAUUCAACUUUUUGUUAUGGGUAAGUGGCAAUCUACUCAAAAAUUAUCUGCAGUAAAAAUUACUGUAAAGAGACUCUGUUUAAAACAAAAGACAUCUUUCCAUGCACAACAAAUGCAGGAAGAUUUUAAAAAUCAAUUACUUUAACCUCAGGCUAGCAUGAAAAUGAGAUUUCCAGGGGUAACCCCAAUUUGAAUUCUUAUGAUUUUAGACAUUUUUAAUUGUUGUACUAGCCUCAUACAAAAUCGGGUCUGAUCCUUUGAAGUGCUGAAUGCCGUCAAUUCCCAUGAAAGAUAGUCAACAAACCUUGAGGGUGCUCUGCACCUGGCAGGAUUGGGACCUCAAACAUAUAACAUUUGUUACAUUACUAAAAGGGGAGGUCCACAGAAUAGAGCGUGAGACACAGAACAAACUAACACAAGGAUCAGACGGUAUUCUUACUCCAGCUUCCCAGAUGGGUUUGGGUGGGAGCAGAAUCCAGAGGAGCUUAGCUGUUCCCCUUGCUCACCCCAGCUUAAGCACUUUGGACUUGUUUUUCUGCCGCUAGCAGUAACAUGGACCUUGCAUUGCACGCUGUGAGUGUUAAAGUUGGAUCAGGGCUUUCAAGUGUCACAAUUUUAAUGCAUGCACAAGUAGGCUUUAUGGAACUAAUUGAGGGCUUUUAAAAAUGAGUUAUAUUUACUUUAACAAAGACAAUAUGGCUUUAUAAUUUUCAUUUACUAAGUUUUGCUGCUUUAUACUUGUUAAUGACUUUUCAUUAAUUGCAUAUGAUGACUGAAAACUAAGAGGUUCUGCUAUUUCUAGUCAGUCUUAUCUAGUUUUAUACCUUCAACCAUUAUGUUAUAUUGGUAUUUUCUGUAUGAACUCUUCUGGUAGCAUCAAGCCAGCUUAUUAACUGUUCAGCGAUCCUUGGUUAUUUCAAAAAUUAAAGUUAUUUGUAAACA